AUUUUAAUAUUUCAUGUUUUGAUGAAGAAAAAUUUACAUUCGUCAACAAAAUGUGCCAUAAUCGUUUUCGUUUUAAAUCUAUCAAAGACAUUCAAGCAUAUCAACAAUUUCAGAAAUGUCUCAAAAUUUUACAUAAUCAACAGAUUCAAAAUCCAGACAAAAGUGAAUCAUCUUGCCAGUGAUUGUGUCUUGUUAUUUGAUGAUUAUUUUACUGGCAAGAUUUCAUAUGAAAAGUUCAACGAACUAAUGGCAAAUCAAACAAAUGAUAGUGAUUUGAAAAUCAAAGCCAAAGCUAUGAAUAAACAAUGUUUAACUCUAUCCAAAUUGUUCUCAUCACAACGUUAUCUUGAUCUUUAUAUGAAUAAAUCGACCAAUGCUAAUGUUAAUGUUUUCAAUGAUUCAUAUGAAAUAUUUUUCAAUCAAUUCAUUCAAUAUGGAAAAUAUACUGAUUUAUUUGUUGAAAUUUUACUCAACAUAAAUAACGAACUAAACAUGGCAUCAAUCAUUCAUUCAUGUUCAGAAGACAAUCUUGAUAAUAAUCUUGUGGAAGAAAAUAAAUUUUUCAUAAAUGACAAAAUCAAACAGAAUAUUACCUGCGAACAUAUUCCAUUGAUAUCGAUAAUAUAUUUUAGCCAAAUGAAUAAUGAUGAUGAUUCGAUUGAAAAAUUUUAUUGGAAAAAAUUGACUCGAAAAUUUUAUAUUGAUCUCAUUUUUUCAAAUUAUUUCCACAUGAAAAAUAAUCGACAUCAACUUUUUGAUCGUUUUGUAUGGCUUAGCGAAAUGUUUGACGAUUAUAUCAAACAACAUUCAAACAAGAUGGCAGAUUUUAUUCAAAAUGAAAAAAUCAGAAUUUCAAAUCAAAAUCAACUAGCACAAUGUUAUAAAUUAAUUUUGAUUGGCUAUACUAUUGCUAAUCAUACUAAUCCAGAUUAUCCUAUUGAUCCGAUCGUGAGAUCUCAAGCUAAAUUAGACGAUUAUCGAUCACAAUCAACCAUAAUUAACGAAGAAUUAAAACUAAGACGGUCCAUUUAUAAACAAAUGUAUAUCGAACAUAAUGAUCAAUUUUUCAAUUGUAAUAUAUUUCAAAAAUUACAAUUGAAAUUAGAAGAAUUCAAUAAUCGUAUAACUCAGUUACAGGAAUCGAUUCAUUAUCGACAAUCAUCUGAACAUUAUUUCAAUCUUAUCUCAGAAAUAAAACAAUUUCAAAGUACAAUAUUCAAUUGGAAUAAUUUGUUUCAAAUUGUAAAAGAUUCGGAACAUUGUUAUUCCGAUCCUAAUGCUAAAAUUAUUGCCAAAUGUUUGAUGUAUUGUCAAUCGAUUAAUGAUUUUUUAAAAUAUCUACAUGAAAACUAUCUAGAUUAUCAAGAUUUAACCACACCAUUUAUGACAGGAAUUUUAUUAGUAAUCAAAGGUCUUCAAUCAUUGAUUUAUCGACUACAAUCACGUUCGAAUACGAAACUUUUGUUUCAUUCUUUUCAAAUGUCAACAAUAGAACAAAUGUUUGAUCUAUUCUCUAGAUUUGUCACCACUGCUUUACCAUCGGAAAUUUGUUCGUUCAUCUUCAAGAAUAAUGUUAUCGAAAUUUUGCAUAAAAUUUAUCAGGAUUUAAAUCUGAAAACAAAAUCACUAUUGCAAAAUUUAUUGCAAUCAAUAUCAUUGGAAAUUCAAAAUUCACUUUAUUUACAAGAAGAUAAUCGUUCAGAAAUUUUGAACGUUUACUUUGAAAUAAUAGACUCGUUUGUAAGCCAAUAUCAAAAAAUAGAAAUGAAUAAAGAUUUGGAAGAGAUUCGUAAAAAUGCUUUGUUUCAUAUUAAACUUGAUGAUAAUAAUGAUAGUCAAGAAUACAUUGAAACUAAAGUCGAUGAAUUAUUUCCAUCUUUUGAAAAUCGAUAUCAUAAAUUUCUUGAUCCAUUUGAAAAAAGAAUCGAAUCUGAUCAUGUCAAAAUUAAUAUGAGCGAAGAUAAUUUACUUUUUAUUGCUCGUUCUCAUAUGCAUAUGGUCCAAUUAAUGGAACAGCAGCAGCCUACAGCAAUGGAAACGACAAAUUUCAAUCAAUCGUAUUUAAUUCGUUACAAAAUCAUAGCGACAAUAUUGCAAAAAACAAUGGGAUUUUUUGAUAAUGAAAAUAUUGAACAAAAUCUAAUUGAUGGCCAUUUAUUGCUUAUGAAAAAUUCGAAUCAUGAAACUGAUUCAACUAUGAAAACAUUGAAUAUUUAUCAUUCCGGUAUUGAAUCUCAAACUGAAAAAUGUUUCAUGGUUUUGGAAAAUCUACGAUUAAAAAUUGAAACGGAUUUAUUACCCGAAUUUGAAAAUCAUCCUGUUCUAAUGAAAUUGAUUGAAAUCAUCAAACAUGUGUACGAGAUCAAAGCGAAUUCGUCGUUAAUGUGUUUGGCUACCGGAUUAGAAUUGAUUUUAAAGACAAGCGAAGAUUGGCAAUUGAUUGCACACCGUGGUAUUAGCUUGGUUGAAUAUCUUAAUCAAAUAACUGAAAUUUUGGUCGAUUGGCGAAAAAUGGAAAUCAACUAUUGGCUUAAAUGUUUGGAAACUGUUUCGGAAAAAAUUGAUGAAAAAGAAUUGUCCAUUUGGUGGUUUCGUUUUCAUACUAUAAUCAACGAUUUUUUAAAACAAAAUGAAUCUGAUUUUGAAAAUGUAAAACAAUUUAUAAAUACGGUGAAGAAAUUCAUUGAAAGUAGUUCAUUAGGUCAGUUCCAGAUACGGCUUAGAAUUAUCAAAGUUUUCAUUUAUUAUCUUAAACAUACAACGAAUAUUGACGAUCAAUCAAUGACUAUUUGGAUCGCAUUAGAAAAUGUUUAUAAUUUUUAUAAUCAUUUCUCACCAUCUAUUUUGAAACAAAUUUCCAUUGAAAAAACAAAGAUUGAAAAAGAAAUCAAAGAAUUUGUCACCAUUUCCAAAUGGAAUCCAAAUAAUUUUUGGUCAUUGAAAGCAUCAUUGUCACGAUCGAAAAAACAGUUAUAUGGUUAUGUCAAAAAAUAUGAAGAAUUCUUAUCGCGACCAUCGUCAUCAUUGUUUCAAUUCGAAAAAAAAUUACCCACAGAACAAUCCUUAUCGUGGAAAACUAAUUUUGCUAAAAUACUAAAAUCAGAUGACAAUUCAAUCAUCAAUAUUGAUGAUGUUACCGCUGAGCAACAUUUACGGCAAUAUUCAUUCGUCUCGAAAUCACAAUCCUAUCAUAAAAAACUUGUAAUGAUUGCUCGAAAAAUCAAAACAAAAGGCGUCAAUUUUUCCGAAAAUAUCGGUGAAUAUGAAGAUUUCAAUAAUUCUUUAAUCGAUUGUAUUGAUCAAUAUUCGAAUUUGACUCCGACCGAAACCAAAGAUUCAAUAAUAAGAAAAAAACAGAUUUCACAGAUCCAGAAUCAAAAACGAAGAGCAUUGAGUGAUUUGUUCAAAAAAUUAUCACAAUCUGGUAUACGAUUUCGAAAAGGCAUUGUACAUUUUGAAAAUGGAUUUGAUUUAAAUGACACAAUUUUUUCUGAAAAACCAUUACAACUUGAAGAGGGUUCGCCAAUAUUUUUCCUUGACACUAUUAAAUCAUGCAACGCUUAUUACUACAAAAGUUUAUCUGGCUAUGCAAUGAUUGUCAGUUUGUUGGAAAAACCUAAUCAACAAUUAACCAUAGACAUGAUUGAUCGUAUCAAAGGAAAUGUUGUUCAUUUGGCUGAUAUUGUCAAUAAAAAACGAAAAAUAAUUGGUAAACGUAUGGAACAAUUUAAUGUAUUGAAAAAACGGCUAAUACAAUUGCAAAAAAGUUAUGAUCCAAAUGAUCGUAUGAUUAUAACCUGUUUGAAAUACGCUCAAGAAAUGAUAAAUAAAAUCAAGAAUUUAAUUUUAAAAUUUCAAUCAUUCACAAUUCGUUUGAAAGAAAUUGUUUCUUCAUUCAAUGCAAGUGAUGAAAAUGAAAAAUAUUUGAAAAUUUCAAACAAAAUCAAUUUAAUCAUUGAAAACGUUCGACAAAUAUCAAGUCAAAUUCAACCUUUAAAUGAAGUCGUCAUUUUUACUGAAUCUCGAUUGACUAUUGUUAAAUCCUCUGUUAUUUUAUUGAAGCAACAGGUUGAAAAUCUAUUCUCAAUUUUAAAUGAAGAAUGUUCAGAUAUCAUGAAAUUAUAUGUCGAAGAAUUCAUUUUCUUUCAAAAAGAAAUCGCAAAUCUUGAAAAAUAUCUUCAUGAAAUUCAAACCGAUACAUCGCUUACUUCAAAUCAAUUGGUCAAUGAAUGUGAUAUGCUGUUGAAGAAUAUUCUUUUGUGUUUUGAGAAAAUAUUUAAAUAUCUUAAUGAUUCGAAAAAUAUGGCCAUAAGCAAAGAAAAUAAAACAAAAUUUAUUAUGCAUUCAAUUACCAACGUCAGAAUUUUGAAUUUAUUUAAUUCUGACCAAAUCAUUCGAUUAGUCGAUAAAUUUUUCGAGAAUUUCAACAAUAAAACCUGUAUUGAAUUGAUCAAAAUUUAUGUACCGUUUUUCUCGCAAUACAUCGAUCUCUAUCAAUGUUUUCUUUGUAUUGCUAUUGGUUCGUUGAAAACAUCAUCCAAAUUAUUACAUAUCAUCAUGUCUUUGUCUUGCGAAUUGUUGGCUAAUGGAUUUUGUCUACCACCAGAUACUUGUGAUGAUGAUAUACAACAACAGCAAGGAGAGCAGCAAAAAAAUAUCGAUAAUGCCGGCUUUGGCGAAGGAAAUACUACAUCCAACGCUAAAGAUGUUUCCGAUAGGCUAGAUUGUCAAGAUCAAUUGGACGAUCUAAAAAAUGAUGGUGAAGAAGAUCAACAAACCGAAUCUCAAAAUAAAAAUGAAGAUAAUGGUAUUGAAAUGGAUGAUGAUUUUGUUGGCCAAGAAUAUGGUGCUGAAGAAGACCAGAAUGACGAAAAAUCAGAUGAUGAAGAAAAUGAUGAAAAUGAUGAUGAUCUAGAAGAGAGAAUGGGUCAAGUAGAUGAAGAUGAACAAGUUUUGGAUGAAAAAUUAUGGGAUAACGAUGAUGAUGAACUUGAAAAUGAUGAAAAAGACCACCAAGAAAAAGAUGAACAAAAUAAUAGUCAAAUGACGGGUGGAAAAGAAGAUUUUGAUUCAAGCAAAGUAGCAAGCAGUGAUAAUGAUCAGUUGAAAUCUCAAAAUAAUGAAUUAGACCAGAAAAAUGAAAACGAUGUUCUACCCGAAGAUAAUGAUAUUGAUGAUCAAGGUCCAAUAAAUGAUGAUUAUCAAAAUACAGAUGAUGACGAUUCUAAACAGAACCGUGAUGAAAAAGAAAAUAUAAACCAAAUGGUAUUACCAGAUGAUUUACAAAUUGACAUGGACGAUGAUGGCAGCCAAGAGAUGGAGAUGGAGAAUGAAAACAUGGAAAUAUCUGAUGAUCAUGAUGAUGAAAAUGACGAUGGUGAUCCAAAUCUGGAAACUAAUGAUAUGGUUAAUGAGAAUGAGGAAGCUACUGAAGAAAAAACAAACAACGAAGAUAUCGAUAGAUCAAAAAGCGACGAUAUAUUACCUGAAAAUGAAAAUGAAGAUGAAAAUCCAUUAACGGCAGUCAAUACGGAAAACCGGAACAUGGAUUCUACAAUUUAUCCGAAUGUUGAUGACGUUGUUCAAAAUAACCAAGAAUGUCCUGAUAACGAACAAGUCGAUGAAAAAUUCCAGAAUCAGCAACAAGUUUCUCAACGUUCCUCAUCACAUAACGAUGGAAAAUUAACCUCUCGAAAUAUGAAUGAACAGCAAAUCAAUAAUGAUGAUGAAGAAAAAUUUUCAAUGCUUAAGAAGAAGAAAAAUCGAUCUAUGGUCGACGAAAAUAUUGACGAUUUUUCGAAUACUAAACGACAGAAAAUGACAAACGAUUCAAAAAAAGACGAUCAAUUAGAUUCUAGAAAUGAAAAGGUAGAACAAACAGAUCUAUUUCGCCAUGUAGAAAAUAAGGCUUUGGCUGAUAAUAUGGCUUACGAUAUUGAUUAUGGACAACAACAAGAUGGUACGAAAAAUCAAACAUCAUUAGAACGAGGAGUAAACCUCAAUGAUGAUGAUGAUGAUGAUGAACGCAUGGAAUCGAAUGAAAAUGAUGAGAUGGAUAAGAUAAAUAGUAAUAAUAAAAAUGAUCUUAACAAAACAAACGGAGAAACAAAUAAUGAAAAUGAUUCUAAUGAAGAAAAAAUGAUUGAAGGAGAAUUCAUAAUGACUUCAAAUGUAGCCCAUCACCAGGAAUCAUCAUUUCAUACGAUAAUGGAUGAUCAAAAUCAAGCAAUUGAAAUGCAAGAGGAACAUUCAUUUUUACCAGUUGAUGAUACGAUCCAUGCAUUAUCUUCUGAAUUGAUUGAUAAUCAAUUUCUAUUGGAAAGUGAAAAAAGAAUCGAACCUUUGUUAUAUGAACUUUGUAAUCAACUUCAAUUGGUACUUGAACCCACCAAACGUUCCAAAUACAAAGGUGAUUUCAAAAAUGGCAAACGAUUAAAUAUGCGUAAAGUUAUUGCUUAUGUUGCUAGUCAAUUUCGCAAAGAUAAAAUCUGGUUAAGAAGAGUUAAACCAAGUAAACGACAAUAUCAAAUAUUGAUCGCUAUUGACGAUUCGUUGAGUAUGUCGGACAAUCAAUCUCGUAUGAUGGCAUUCGAUUCUUUGAUUUUGCUUGGUAAAUCGCUUUCAAUUAUUGAAUCUGGCCUUUUAUCAGUGGCUAGUUUCGGUGAAGAAACCCGUAUCGUACAUCCAUUUGGUGAUCCAUUCACUGAUCAAACUAUACUUAAAAUAUUUAACAAGCUACGAUUUGAUCAAACACGAACUAAAACAAACGAAUUAUUGAAAUGUUCAUUAUCAAUGUUUUCACAAGCUAAACAUCUUUUAUCUAAUUCUUCGACAUCAAAUAUCCACCAAUUAUUAUUGAUUGUUUCCGAUGGACGUGGCAUAUUUAGCGAAGGAGAAUCGAACAUUCGAUCAUCUAUUAUUCGUCUUAAAGAAAUUGGUGUAUUCACUGUUUUCAUUAUCAUUGAUAAUCCUGCACAUAAAAAUUCUAUUUUGGAUAUUCAAAUUCCUGUUUUCGAUGCGAAUGGAACGAUGAAAAUUCAAUCGUACAUUAGCAAAUUUCCUUUUCCUUAUUAUGUUAUAUUGAAAGAUAUUCAUUCAUUACCAAUGAUUCUUGGUGAAGCAUUACGACAAUGGCUAGAAUUAGUCGCAUAUAAUGGCUAAUUAUUUUUUAAAAUUUAAAAUAAUAAAAUUUUUCA